UGCAAAAGCCAAAGCUUUCUUUUGAUUGCCCCCAAAACAUAAAUCUUUCUGUCUUCACGUUCCAUUGUAAUAAACAUUUCGACCACAAACUGACAAGAUCGUAUACUAAACACGUAUGUAAACCGUAUAUUAUACGGUCUUCUUCUUCAUCUCUUACAAAACACAGACAGCGAAAAACUCUUUCUUCCUCUCUCUCACUCUCUCUCUCUCAAUGUUCCAUCUCACCAUCCUCUGCUCUUUACUUUCUCUAUUCCUCCUCCCGCCGGCGAAUCUCGCCGCCGUGAGUGAUGACGAGUUCCUAAAGCUCCCGUUACUACGUAAAUCUCCGUUACCUUCUCCGACGCAAGCUCUCGCUUUAGACACUCGCCGUCUCCAUUUUCUCUCGCUCCGCCGUAAACCCAUCCCCUUCGUCAAAUCCCCGGUAGUCUCCGGCGCUUCUUCCGGGUCGGGUCAGUACUUCGUGGAUCUCCGAAUCGGCCAACCGCCUCAGUCGCUACACCUAAUCGCCGAUACAGGAAGCGAUCUCGUUUGGGUGAAAUGCUCCGCUUGCCGGAACUGCUCUCUCCAUUCUCCCGCCACCGUCUUCUUCCCUCGCCACUCCUCCACAUUCUCUCCCACUCAUUGCUACGACCCGCUUUGUCGACUCGUGCCCGAACCGGUUCGGGCGCCGAAAUGUAACCAUACCCGGAUCCAUUCCACGUGUCAUUACGAGUACGCUUACGCGGACGGUUCAUUAACUUCCGGUCUAUUCGCCACCGAAACGACGACGUUGAAGACGAGCUCCGGUAGAGAGGCGUAUCUAAAAAGCGUUGCUUUCGGAUGCGGGUUUCGGAUCUCGGGUCAAAGCGUUUCUGGUGCGAGUUUUAACGGAGCCCAUGGAGUAAUGGGCUUGGGCCGUGGGCCCAUUUCUUUCGCGUCUCAGUUGGGCCGUCGCUUCGGUAACAAGUUUUCGUAUUGCUUAAUGGAUUACACUCUCUCCCCGCCCCCGACGAGCUACCUCAUUAUCGGCGACGGCGACGGCGGUGGCGGAGUUCGUUCCAAGCUUCUAUUCACUCCGUUGCUCACGAAUCCAUUCUCUCCGACGUUUUACUACAUCCGACUGAAAUCAGUUUCCGUCAACGGCGCGAAGUUACGAAUCCAUCCUUCCGUUUGGGAGAUCGACGGUUCAGGUAACGGCGGAACCGUCGUGGAUUCCGGCACCACCCUCGCGUUCUUAGCUGAUCCGGCGUAUCGACUGGUGGUCGCGACUGUGAGACGACGGAUCCGGCUCCCGAUUGCGGCGGAGCUAACCCCGGGAUUCGAUCUGUGCGUUAACGUCUCCGGCGUUUCGAAACCGGAGAAGUUAAUGCCGAGGUUGAAAUUCGAGUUCGCCGGAGGUGCGGUGUUCGUUCCGCCGCCGAGGAAUUACUUCAUCGAGACGGAGGAGCAUGUCCAGUGUCUGGCGAUACAAUCGGUGAACCAGAAGGUUGGAUUCUCGGUGAUGGGGAAUUUGAUGCAGCAAGGGUUCGUGUUUGAGUUCGAUAGGGAUAGAUCACGGCUUGGUUUUUCUCCUCGUGGUUGCGCUUUGCCGUGAUGAUUUCGUUUCGAGGAUUUUUUGUUUUUUAAAUCGUUUUCACUUCUUUUUUUUUAUCCUCUUGAAAGUACGAGACUGGGAGACGGUUCACUCUUACCGAAUAUAGGAAUAAAAAUAAUGCUUUUUGGAGUUUGUA